CUGGUCGACUGUAAUGUUCAUCAUAGAUUCUAUUAUCUAUUAUGAUUUUUGGUGUUGUUUUCACCGAUAUCCUGUCAUCAGUUUUAACCCCAAAAAACAAAGAUGAAAGAAACAUUUAUCUUACCGGAUUUUCAGCCUCUUUUGGAGGUGAGUGGUUUAAAUUGCGACAAAGUCGUAAUUAUCUCAAUCAUGGGCAAGUCCCCUUACAACUCAAUGGGGAUGAAAGCCAAGUCAAUUGGGCGAGUUUUUACAGCAGGGUGUAAAAGCGACGAUGAAUGUACGAUUGAGGGUUUCUAUGAUGAGGAAAACCAGAUCAUUUAUCUCCACCUCCACAGUCUUUUAGACACAGAUUUAUUAAUUAAACACUACUCAAGUCUCGUUGAGCGGUGCAAUAAUGAACGAAAGUGCGACGAUUUACUUGUAAUUAACGACGAAAUUAAGAGUAGUUUUGCUCGCGCGCUCUUACUAUUGUUUCACGUGAGUCACAUUAUGAUUUUGUCUCAUCCUGGGUGGACUUUUGAUACAAACUGGAUCCAGUAUUUCAAGGCUGUGGAUACGUUAAGUCAAAAAAAACUCAAUAAAAUAAGCGAAGUUUUGAAAAACGUUGACGGUUUGAGCCCCGAUUGGGUUUCCAAUGGCCGGUUUUGCACGCCCCGUGUUAUUUUCUACUUUGAGCAGUGCCCGAAGGGCUCAUACAACAUCAAGAAGGUUGAACACAACCUUGAAGAUCGCAUUUACCACAUUUUGAAAAAGACACGGAUAAUCUCAACCUAUGGUUCGUCGCUUUUUGCAAUUCCGAUGAAUGAGGAAUUCGUUUACAUAUCGACGGAAGCGCCAAGCACUGACCGGUUAGGGGAUGCCGUCAGAGGCUUGAUUCAGGAUUGCCAGCCUGGCGGCGCUAUGCAAGUCCAGCCCCCAUUUUGCAGCCAGCCUUACUCCGAACGCCACUUUUUGAAAUUCUUGCAAGUGCACAUAAAACAGGCCCGGACUAAGGGUUUUAACGACACGGGGAGCUCCAGUCGGCAUCAGUUGUCACAACCGGCCCACUUUGAGUUACCCAUACUGAAACAUUGGCUUGAGAGCACCAAGGCCAUAUACGAAGUGAUAAUGAAAAAAGGCUUGAUCUCGUCGCUAUGCACCGACACGAGAUUUUCCGAACAGAGGUGUCUCAAAGUCCUGCCUUUGGCGCUAGCGCGGUACCAGGAAAACUUGCCGCCACAUUACGCGCACUCAGAGCACGACAGGCGCCUCAGCAUGGCCUUGGCCCUCUUUAACGCUCAGGCCAGAGGCCCUGUGUUCCAGCAAUACGUCACGAAAUUGAAGGCCGACUGCAAGGCGCAUUGGGAGAACGGGAGACAGCAGUGCGAGGCGGCUUCCAUGACCGGGAACCCGUGCAAAUUGCCCAAACAUCAGUCAGAUCAGGAGCACAUGAGCGGGUUUAUUUACAAAGCUGUUUGCGACUGCGGCCGGAAAAUCGGCCCGCGUGAGGACCCCUACAACGCCAAACAAGCCAAUCACCUCUUCUACCAAGCGAUCAGUCGCGAAUGCAUUUGCUCGAAAUUGGAGCGCAUUUCCUUCCCCGUUUUCCAACCCUCGAUCAAAGAAUACAAAGCAGCGACUUUGAAAGAGACCGAAGAGGCCCUUUCGGUCCUCUCCGACCGCUCCAAUGAACUCACCCCCGAAAACGAAAGGGGGCUGGUCCGCCAGCCGAGCACGACCGAAUAUUUACCGGGAAUGCUAACCCUGAGUUCGCCCCCUGGCCUCCUCCCGGUCUACUCCAGCUGGAGUCUCGUCUGCCUCGGCCCCUCCUCGCUUUACAGCCACAAUUUGGGGCUGUCGGAGUCGCACCAUCCCGGUUUUUUGAACUCUACUAACUACUUGCUCCCGUGGGACGUGACAGUGUAUAGCAAGGCGAAAAUGAAUUGGGUUAGUAAGUACCCGGCGAGGGGGCGUCGGGGACGUCCGACGGGGGCUUCGCCCCAGUUUUCGGUCAAGGUUUUCAUUGGAGUGGAGUAUGAGUGUUCGUCGGGACAUAGAUUUAUGUUGGCAGCCCCGGAUAAAAUUCUCAAGGCCACGCCGGGGAGCAUUGUGAAGGACACUGGGCAUAAAAUAGCAGAGUCGGAUAUGCCCUUGUAUUAUCCGUGCAUGUGUCGUGCCAAUAAGUUGGCACAACUGAUGCGACUGCAUGUUGUUACCCCCAAGGCUCCAGUGCAUUGCACUCUGGACCCAAAGGUGCAGCCCGCACCCGGGGCCCCCAUUUUCAUCAGUACGGUGGAACGGCCCACCAAACUGACCCAAUCGGCCUAUUGGGUCAUGCGGUUGCCUUACGUCUAUGUUGCGGAUAAGGAACACUACCCGCAAAAUUUAGGAGCAAAGCUACUACAGGGCGUUUUUGGAGUAACAGAAAUAGAAUAAAUGGUUUUCAAUGA